AUUAAUCAUAACAAAAAGUAUUUAACUAAUUUUGCAACAUAGAAGAUAUUUUGAAAACUGCUGGCUAUGGAAAACGAUUCCCGAGAAGAAGACCUAGCCACCGUCGCUAUAGGAAACCCUAGCCACCGUUUCAGUCGUCCUCUCAAACUCGAACAAGCAAGUGAUUCAAACGACGGUGUAGACUCAAUCAGCUCUCUACCCGACGACAUCCUCCACUGUAUCCUCUCCUUUUUCCCGACCAAUUUCGCCAUCAGAACCUCUGUCUUGUCCAAAAGAUGGAGGCAUGUAUGGUCCGAGUCACCUCAUCUCUCCUUUGAUCAGCAUAGAAUCUCCGCUGAAUCGAUAAACGAAACCCUAAACAACUACACGGCCAUCAAAAUCACAAGUUUCCAUCUUCUCACAAGCUUGCUCAACAGGGUUCACUUUGUUAAUGGUUGGAUCGAAUUCGCCAUUUCUCACAACGCAGAGAAGCUUUCACUGGAUUUUCGUGAUGUUAGGGAUUACAAGUUUCCAGAUUUCUUCUACACCAAUUCCUCUGUUAAGCAACUCUUGAUCAACUCGGGACCUGGUGAGUUGAUUCCGAGUUGCACCGUUUCUUGGACAUCUCUAAAGUACUUGUCUUUGAUCUUUUCUAAACUCUCUAAUGAAUCUUUUCCUAAGAUUCUGUCUGGUUGUCCACUGCUGGAAAGCUUGACAUUGCAUAAUUAUGAUUCAGUUAAGUAUCUUGAUCUGAGUAAAUCGCUCUACUUGAGAAGAUUGGAUAUAAUUUGCUGCAAUACGGUUCGAGAACCAAUGAAGAUCGUAGCACCACAUAUCCAUUAUUUGAGAUUGAGAGGACAAUGCACUCUACUUGAUGUCUCGUCUUUAACUGAAGCUGACUUAGACUCUUCAGAUAACUAUUUAUUUCUUAGUUUCUCUUAUUAUAAAUCCGACUCCUUGAUGCUAGUCAUGGUGCAAGCAAUGCUAGAGAAGUUGCAGAACGUAGAGAAGCUUGCUCUUGGGGUUGACUUUCUUCGGAUUUUAUCUAAAUCCAAGCUCCAUGGUGUUCCUUUACCGAAGCUCAAAGUCAAAACUUUGACCCUUGAAACAAUGAUUAUGCGACCUGCGGUUCUUGGUAUAGCAAGACUGGUACAAAACUCGCCUCAAGUAAAGAAGAUAACAAUUUACACAACGCAGUUCAGCACCGUACUGGAUAAAUGCGACAGCUUCUUGGAGUUGCAGAACUUGAAUCCGAAUCAAGGUUGGAGAUCAAUAGAUGUGGUCUUUCCGACCUCGUGGGAUUCUAAAGUUCCUGAGCCGGAACUCAUGGUUUCGUUCAUUGAACUUUUGCUGGCAAACACAAUUACCUUAGAGACAUUGGUUGUACGGUUGGGAAGUUACACUGAUGAUUAUAGGUCAAGAUUUGAAGAGCAGUUUCAAAUCGCUCUAACGCUUUCUCACAACAAUGAGGAAGACCACGCCACCGUCGCUGUAGGAAACCCUAGCGACCGUUUCGAUCGUCCUCUCGAAAUCAGACGAUCAAGUGAUUCAAGCGAUGGUGUAGACUCAAUCAGCGAUCUACCCGACGCGGUUCUCCAACAUAUCUUCUCCUAUAUUCCGACAAAGUUUGCUAUCAGAACAUCCGUCUUGUCAAAACGAUGGAGACAUGUAUGGUCCGAGACACCUCAUCUCUCCUUUGGUUGGUUCAGUGGUUCCCCUAAUUUGAUAAACAAAACCCUAGCCAGCUACUCGGCUUCCAAAAUCACGAGUUUCCAUCUCUGUACCCGUUACUGCUACAAGGCUAACCAUGUUAAUAGCUCGAUCGAGUUUGCAAUGUCUCACAACGUUGAGAAUCUUUGUCUGACGAUCAGUAAUCUCACAAGGAGUUAUUGUUUUCCUGAUCUUUUCUUCACCAACUCCUCUGUGAAGCAACUCUUGGUCAAUUUGCAACAUCUUUACACCAAAAAAAAAAAAAAAUUGCCUUUUGUGAAUUUGAGUCCCGGAUGCACCGUUUCUUGGACAUCACUAAAGAACUUGUCUUUGAGCUCUUGUAAACUCUCUGAUGAUUCCUUACUUAAGAUUCUGUCUGGUUGUCCAAUCCUGGAAACCUUGAGUUUGAAGUUUUGUAUCUCACUCAUGUAUGUUGAUCUGAGUAAAUCGCUGCGCUUGACAAGAUUGGAGAUAGAACGCCGCAACCCUUUUCCAGAACCAAUGCAGAUUGUGGCGCCACAUGUCCGUUAUUUGAGAUUGAGAGACUCUGAGGCACAAUGCACCUUACUUGAUGUCUCUUCUUUAACAGAAGCUAAUGUAGACUUUACCGAUUUUCAUCCUAGAACCCUUUAUCAUGGUUUUGAGCCCUUAGACCCUAGUGUUCUUCUAGUCACGGUGCAAACGAUGCUAGAAAAGUUUCAGAACGUAGAGAAGCUUACUUUGGGGGUUAACUUUCUUCAGAUAUUAUCUCUUUCCAAGAUCCCUAGUCUUCCAUUACCGACGCUCAAAGUCAAAAAUUUGACUCUUGAAACAAUGAUUAUGCCAAUUGUGGUUCCUGGUAUAACAAGGCUAUUACAAAACUCACCUGGAUUAGAGAAGUUAACAGUACUUUACACAAUUGACGAGUGCAGCCUCUUACUGUGGGAGUGUGUCAACAGCUACUUGAAGAAGCAAUUGAAAGAUGUGGCCUUUCUCUUUCCGUGGGAGUAUGCAGUUGUAAAGCCGAAAGUCAUGGCUUCGUUCAUGGAACUUUUGCUGGCAAACACAAAAACGCUAGAGACAUUGGUUUUACAUUUGGGAAGUUGCAUUAAUAGAUCAAGAUUUGAAGAGCUGUCUCAAAUCGCUCUAAAGCUUUCUCAUAACAAUAAGGAAGACCAGGCCACCGUCGCUGUACGAAACCCUAGCGACCUUUUCGAUCGUCCCGUCGAAAUCAAACGAUCAAGAAGUGAUUCAAUCGAUGGUGUAGACUCAAUCAGCGAUCUACAUGAUGCGGUUCUCCAACAUAUCUUCUCCUAUAUUCCGACAAAGUUCGCGAUCAGAACCUCCGUCUUGUCCAGGCGAUGGAGACAUGUAUGGUCGGAGACACCUCAUCUCUCCUUUAAAUGGCUCAGUGUUUCCCCAGAAUCGGUCAACAAAACCCUAGCCAGCUACAAGGCUUCCAAAAUCACGAGUUUUCAUCUCUGUACCCGUUUAGCCAUCACGGCUCACCAUGUUAAUAGCUGGAUCGAGUUUGCAAUGUCUCACAACGUGGAUGAUCUUUUUCUAGAGUUCCGUGGUUAUCUCACAACGAUGAAUUACAGUUUUCCAGAUUUCUUCUACAGCAAUUCCUCUCUAAAGAACCUCAUAGUAGACUCACGAUGUAAUGAAAUGAUUCCCAGAUGCACCGUGUCUUGGACGUCACUAAAGUACUUGUCUUUGAGCUGUUGUGAACUCUCUGAUGAAUCCUUUCUUAAGAUUCUGUCUGGUUGUCCAAUCCUGGAAACCUUGAGAUUGUAUAGUUAUAAUUCAGUUAGGUAUCUUGAUCUGAGUAAAUCGCUGCACUUGAGGAUAUUGGAUAUAGAUUUCUCCUGUUUUUUUAGAGGACCUAUAAAGAUUGUGGCGCCACAUAUCCAUUAUUUGAGAUUGAGAAACUCUGAGGCACAAUGUACUUUAGUUGAUGUCUCCUCUUUAACUGAAGCUAAAGUAGACUUUAGCUAUAUCGAACCAGGUUGCUGUUAUUACAGUUUUCAGCUCUUGAAGCCUGAUGUUCUUCAAGGUAUAGUGCAAGCAAUGCUAGAAAAGUUUCAGAACGUAGAGAAGCUUACUUUUGGGGUUAACUUUCUUCAGAUUUUAUCUCUUGCCAAGAUCCCUAGUCCUGCAUUACCGAGUCUCAAGGUCAAAACUUUGACUCUUGAAACAAGGAUUAUGCGAUCUGUGGUUCCUGGUAUAGCAAGGCUGCUACAAAACUCACCUGGAUUAAAGAAGAUAACAGUUUACACUACUAAGAAGUGCAGCACCAUAGUGGAGACAUGUGUUAACAGCUACUUGGACGCGCAAGACUUGAAUCCGGAUCAAUGUUGGAGAUUGAAUGAUGUGGUCUUUCCGACAUCAUCAAAGUCUGAAGUUGUAAAGCCAGAACUCAUGGCGUCGUUCUUGGAACUUUUGCUGGCAAACACAAGAACGCUAGAGACAUUGGUUUUACAUUUGGGAAGUUGCAUUGAUAGAUCAAGAUUUGAAGAGCUAAUGACCGGAGAUUCAAUCGCCGGUACGGAUUUCAUCAGCGCCUUGCCGGACGCAAUCCUCCAUCUCAUUUUCUCCCGUUUUCCGACUAAGUUCGUGAUCAGAACCUCUGUCUUGUCCAAACGAUGGAGGCAUGUAUGGUACGAUACACCUUCGCUCUCCAUAGAUUGCCGUGAAGCCGACCCUAAUUCGUUAAUCAAAACCCUAGCCAACCACUCUGCUCCUAGAAUCACGAGUUUCCAUCUCUGUAUCAGCAGCAAGGCUCACGACAUUAACAGAUUGAUCGAAUUUGCCAUAUCUCGUAACACCGAGAAGCUUUCUCUGGACUUUCGUGAUGGUAAUUACAAUUUUCCUGAGUUCUUCUACAACAAUUCCUCUUUAAAUCAACUCGUGGUUGACUCAGGAGCUCUUGAUACGAUUCACCACGUCUCUUGGACAUCUCUAAGAGACUUGUCUUUGAGUUUCUGUAAACUCUCUGAUGAAUCUCUUGCUAUGAUUAUCUCUGGUUCACCACUGCUCGAAAGCUUGACAUUGCAUCACUGUGAUAAACUUGGGAUUCUUGAUCUGAGCAAAUCGCUGCAGUUAAAGAGAUUGGAUUUAGAUAAUCAGGGACCAACGCAGAUUGUGGCGCCACAUAUUCAUUGUUUGAGAUUGAGACACUCUCAGUCACAAUGUGGUUUAGUGGAUGUCUCUUCUUUAAGCAAAGCUUACUUGAACAUCUACUGUACAAGUUUUUAUCAUUUCAAAUCUGAUUUGCUUCAAGUUUAUGUGCUAAAUAUGCUUCAAAAGUUGCACAAUGUGGAGAACCUUACUUUUGGGGCUGCCUUUCUUCAGAUGUUAUCUCUUGCCGAAAUCUGUGAUAUUCCUUUUCCGAUGCUCAAAGUCGAAGUUUUGACUCUUGAAACGAUGAUUGUUCCGUCUGUCAUUCCUGGUAUAGCAAAGCUGUUACAAAACUCACCUGGAGUGAAGUUGCUAAAACUAGACAUUGUGAACAGCAACAUCGUACCGGAUGCUGAUCUUAAUUACUACUUGGAUUUGAAAGACUUGGAUCAGAAUCAGUGCUGGAAACCAAAAGAUUUGGAGUUCUCGACUUCUUUUCAGCCGAAACUCAUGACUUCAUUCAUGGAGUUUCUACUGGAAAACACUACAGAAGACAAUAUAUCUCAGUACAAUUGGCAACUAAGCUGACGGUAGGCAAUGAUAAGGAAGACUAGGAUAUAAACAAGACCCAUUUGUUCAACUGGAUGGGAGGUUACAUUGAUACAACUGAAUUUGAAACAAAUGAUUGAGAUGGUUCUUACUUUCUCACAACAAACAAUUGUUUAGUUU